CGCCCGGAGCAGUUUCCCGCCGGAGCCGCGGGGAGACCGGGGAUGGAGCAGCAGGGGCUGGGCCCGGGCCCGAGCCUGAGCCUCGAGUACCAGCAGCUGCGGCGCACAGAGCGGGCCGGCUGCGAGGAGCUGGGAGUUGGCGGCGGGGCCCCGGGGCUGCAGGCUCAGGUAGCGGCGGUAAGUGAGGGCGGCCCCGCCGCCUCAUACUCACUGUUCCCGGCUGCUGCUGGCGGAGAGGCCGGGGCCCGGGCCGAGCCCGAGAUCUUCGUCGUCUUCAACCUGGCGGGAGAGACGGACCUCGAGCUGGGCCGGGGGCCAGGAGAGGCCGGGGCCCAGGCGGGAGGCCUGACACUAGGCUCCGGUCUGGAACCCGAGCCUGGGCCUCGCGUAGUCCCGGCCGCACAGGAGAGCCACCUGCGGCUGGAGGCCGAGCCGCAGCCGCCUCCUCCCUCUCCUCUUCCGCCUGCCGCCCCCGCUGAGGGCGCCGGGCUCCUGCUGGAGGCCCCUGUAGGCCCGGGCCUCCCCGGGGACGGAGUUGGGGCCUCGGCCUCUCCUGGAAGCCUGUCCGGCACCAUCUCCAUCAAUAACCGCAACCUGCUGGUCCGCAUCGAGAACGGCCUCCUGAUCCUGGCGGCUCCAGGGGAGGUGGCGGGGCCCGCGGCCGCCGGAGAGGACCCUUCCCCCAGCCCGGCUCCCGCUCAGGCCCUGUCCCAAGGCCCAGCCGCCGCCUACCCCGGCGUGGGGGGCGGCCUAGCGCUCGAGGCGGGGGCCCGGCACCUCCUGCCCGAGCAGCCGCCCCCUCUACCUCCCGCUCCGGGCCUAGGGGAGUCGGGCAGCCUGGGGCUGGAGUGCGGCCCUGGGCCGGCUUCAGGCACCUCUUACGGGGACCUGAUCCUAACGGAGAGCGGAGAUGUGCUGAUGAAGCUGUCGGAAGGGCUCGGCCUGGGCCGCAGCAAAGCCUCGGGCCCCGUUUACCAGUGUCCGGAGCACGACUGCCGGGAGGCGUUCGAUAAGAAGCACCGCCUGAAGGUGCACUUGCUGUCUCACAGCCCGCGGCCUUUCCGCUGCACGGUGCCGGGCUGCGAGUGGGCCUUCACCACCUCCUACAAACUCAAGCGGCACCUCCACUCGCACGGCAAGCUGCGGCCUUUCGGCUGCCAGGCCGAGCGCUGCGGCAAGCGCUUCACCACCGUCUACAACCUCAAGGCCCACAUGAAGGCCCACGUCCAGGAGCUCGCCUUCGUCUGCGAGGUCUGCUCACAGCCUUUCGCCACCGCCCUCAAGCUCAGCGGACACCGGCGCAGCCACUUCGAGCCCCAGCGGCCCUUCAAGUGCGACGUCCCGGGUUGUGAGAAGACAUUCAUCACCAUCAGUGCCCUUGGUUCUCACAACCGUUCCCACUUCCGAGAUCAAGAGCACUUCACCUGUUCUUUCCCAGGCUGUGACAAGCGUUAUGACAAAGCCUGUCGCUUGAAGAUACACCUGAGAAGCCACACGGGUGAAAGGCCCUUCAUAUGUGACUUCGAUGGCUGUGGCUGGUCAUUCACCUGCAUGUCAAAAUUACUACGACACAAAAGAACCCAUGAAGAUGACCGGAGGUUUGUCUGUCCUGUGGAUGGCUGUGGAAAAUCAUUCACGAGGGCGGAGCAUCUGAAGGGUCACAGCAUCACUCAUCUUGGGACCAGGCCAUUUGUUUGUCCUGUGGAAGGUUGUGAAGCUCGAUUCUCAGCACGUAGCAGCCUGUACAUCCACUCCAAGAAACAUCUAGAAGAUGCAGAAAAGGUGAAAACACGCUGCCCUCUGUCCAACUGCAGCAAACUCUUCAAUUCUAAGCACAGUAUCAAGACCCACAUGAUGAAGCAGCACAAUAUUAGCUCUGAUUUAUUCUCUCAGUUGGAAAUGACGGGCUCCUUGACCCCAAGCAGUGAGCUGACCAGUCCGAGCCAAGGUGACCUCAGCAACAUGGACAUUGCCUCACUCUUCACCACUGCCCCAGUCAAUCCGGUCAGCAUCUCGCCAGAUGUGUCACUAGUGAGCUCUGGAAUCCUGACAAUCGAUGCCGCAUCUGUGGGAUCCAGUCUCGGAGGAGCGGUUUCUGUUAACAGCAGUGCCAUGGCGCAGUCCUCAGACCCUCUUAUUGUAGCCACUGCAGACAUGUCACAUACCAUAGACAACGCUCUGGGCCUCACUACUGGUGUUUUGCAGACAAACAGCUUGAAUUUGGAAGGUGUCCAGCCAGUCAGCACGGAGGGCCUGGGGUCCCUGAGCUCCCUGUCAAUGAGGUCUGCAGGAAGCUGUCAGGACCUGCAAGGCCUGUCAUCCAGUGGAGCCCUGACUCCUUCCAGCAGCCUAGGGGCCAGCCACGUCCCGGAAUUAUUAACUCCAACUAAAGUGGAACGGCACAUGCUGAGUGUGUCUGAUAUGAUGAGCCAGCAAGAGACAGGCAAGGUGGUCACUCAGUUUGUGUUCUCGAGUUUAAACCCUACGACCGGCAACUUCGGCACACAGAAAGAAUUAGAGUUAAACAUGGUGUCUUGCUGUCCCUUUUUGGAAAGUGGGGGAUCAGCUCGGACAGAUUACAGGGCUAUACAGCUCGCUAAGAAGAAGAAACAGAAAGGAGCUGGAGGCAGCAUCGAGAAUGCCAAUGGUGCUGUACAAAGUAAAAAAACCAACAGGGGACAGUCCACUCCAUCUGCUGCUGUGAGCCAGAACAGUCGAUUUGGUAACGUUAUAAUGCCUGCUGGUGGCCUGACUAUCCGUGACCCAACUACAGGAGCACCCUACGUCCAGACCCAGCUAUUGCAGGAUGAUCCAUCAGGUGAUGGGGACCUGGCUUUCCAGCUCUCAGCGCAGUCUACAGCAUCGCAUUCACAGCUCACUGUUGAUCUUCCUGUUAAUAUCCUACAGGAACCUCAUCCGUCAGCUGAAGAUGACAGUGCUAGCAGUUCCCAGUUUACUGGCAGCACUAUAAACCUUCAGGACUUGGAGUGAUAAAGCUUAGACAAAAUGACACACUGGUUCCAUUCUAGCUGAUAAAAUUUGCACUUUCUACAGAGUCAGGCAUGGCUCAGGAACUGGCUGGUUCACGUUGUGGAUUUGGAGUGUGUCGGGUUGUUUGAUGUUGCAAAUUGCUCAAUCGGACAUAAUGGGUUUGACUGCAGUGAUACAAGUGCAAUUUCCUCAAGAUCACAGGCUGCGGCUCCACACCCAGAAUCUGGGAGCUAACUAAAAUAUAAACCUCAAAUUUUACAACCUUUGGAAUUGUUGGUAUGGAGAAUAUCUGCUGGAGGAACAAGGAAAAGACUGGCACAUUGAAUGACUCUGGGUUAAAGCUUCCUGUUUUACAAAGACACCUUUAUGGGAAAAGGCUGCAAUUCUAAUUUUAAGAGGGCUGUAUAAUUUGAAAUCACUUCCCUCAGGUGGAGAGAGAGAGAGAGGGUCUGCAAAUCAUUACUGCCCCUCAUCUAAAUACAAAUUCUCUCCUUUAUCAAACAUGGAUGGGUUCUACAGGUGUGGCUGUGAAGGUAACAAGGUUUAACUGUGGUCUCUAAUUGAGACUUGUGCAUUGAAUUUUUACAUUUCCUCUACAUUGCCUUAACAGAGGGUGGCCAGGGUUCAGCUUGGGAUAGAAUAUAGCAUCUCAAUAAAACUUGCUGGUGCUAUCUGAUUACUGCUGUUCCAGGCUGAGCUGUCGGAUCUCUAAAUGACAUUACUGUAGCACGGUGUGCACAGUAUACAGAGCCUUGUUCUUUAGUUUCACUGCAGAGAUUUUGAAAAUGAGAAUUUGUUGAGCGUCAUCUGGGAUUCACUUAGAAGGAAUCCUGCAUCUGUUUUAAAGUGGAAAUGGCAAGAAGUCAGUGAGAUAUCUGGAAUCCCGAGGUUGACUGAGAAUGGGUUGUGCAAAAAUGUCUGCAUCUUCUUCUGGGUGAGAGUCUAGGAAGUGUGUCUAAUGUUCGUCUCCUGGAUGCAUGAGAGUAGGGAGUGUGUCUAAAGUCCAUGUCUUGGAUUGGUGACUAGUGAAUGUGUCUAAAGUCUGUCUCCUGGUUGAGUGAGUCUAUGGAGUGUGACUAAAGUCCGUGUCCUGGAUGGGUGAGUGAGUCUACAAACAUACUGUGUUCUUCGGACAGUUUGUCAGGGAAAGCAAACAUUUUGCUGUGGCAGCUCAAUCCUCACAAACCUCGUCUCCUUAACUGAAGUUUAAAUAUGUAUAUUUUAAAUGUUUUUAUAUUGUACAGUAUGUAUAUUUAUUUAUUCUUUUGUACAUUUCUAAAGAAUAUUUGUUGAGAGGAGAUUUUGAGAGAGCAGAAAUGGUUGAAUUUGCACUCAUUUCUACUGCCUUUUCAUAAAUUACACACUGUGUUGGGGCAGUGAAAUUGGAGGGGGGGGGAAUUAGUUUUUAACGGUUUGUGCUUUUACUGAACGUUAAAUCUCAGUGAAGAUAGAAAUGGAUUCAGACGACUUCUAACUUUACAAUUAAACUUUUGGGAGGGGGAGUGGAAACACCUCCCCGCUUCCUACUUCAAUGAUCCAGGUUCCUACUCGUGUAACUCUGUUACAGACAGUGUAUGUUCUGUGUACAACUGCAAUUGUUAAAACUCCUUAAUCCCUAAUGGUCUGGUUAAUGCUUAAGAUUUUGAAAAUUAACAGAACUUCCUACAAUAUGUUUGUCUGCAUUUAAAGGUUGAAGCAAUGUGGCCCCAUCACAUGCAAGGCAGCAGAUUUAUAUUAAAAAUAAAUAGAAUUUUGACUCUUG